AUGACUCAUGAACUGGCGCCUCUUAAGACCAUCACAGUGAUGGGAGCUACCGGCAACCAAGGCGGUGCAGUGGUCCGUUCUUUGGUUCAGAACAAGUCUUUUAAAGUGAGAGGUAUCACCAGAGAUCCCUCUUCCAAAGCCUCUCAGGACCUGGUUGCAUUAGGAGUUGAAGUUGUUAAGGCAGAUGGAUGGAAGGAGGAAGAGAUUACUGCGGCCUUUGCUGGUUCUUGGGCCGCUUUCGUCAACACGAACUCUGACGAUCCGAGAUUCAUGGAUGCUGAAGGUCCAACCGAAUUUGAGCUUGGAAAGUCUAUCAUCGAUGGGAUCAUCAAGACAGCCACCGUGAAACACUUGAUCUAUAGCUCGGCUGUCUCCACCUCGGCCUACUCUGGAGGAGUCGUUAAAGCCAAAACAACGGAGAUGAAAUCGGAGAUUGAAAGAUACGCUGUCAAUACUGGAUAUUUCGAGACUUUCUGUCCUGUGUAUGCGGGCUUCUACAUGGAGCUAUUUGCUAGCAAGGACAUGGCUCGGGUCUUCGGAGGAUUCCCCUUUUUCCCCGAUGAAAAUGGUGUUACUACCCUCUGUACUCCACGAUGGGGCACCAAGAAAGAUAUGCCGGCUGGUUGGAUAGCCGUAAAUGAGGAUUUCGGGGACAUUGUGCACGGUGUGCUUACCGAGCCAGAGAAGUACCACAAGAAGGGAGUGGAAGCGUUGAGCGACGCUUGCUCGUUCCCAGAUGUGGCGAGCUGUUUCCAAUCUGUCACUGGAAAAAAGACGCAAUACAUUUGCUACCCCUCUUGUGAGACCUAUGGGACCGAGAUUGAGCGUGAGCAUCCAGCUGGGCUUCCAUCCCUCGAGGAUACGCGGAGUCUGUUCCGUUUUGGUCAGCUGUCGAAUGCAAAGUAUUUCGGUGAUUUGCCCACGGAUACAGCUGUUCCUGCUCGUCUCAAGGCACGAGCAUUCGAAGCUAUGGGCAAGGAUCCCAAAGAGGCCAAGCUCUUUACAAUGAAGCAGUGGUUUGAGAAUAACUUCCAGAUUCACAAAUAG